CAUUCUCUCUUUCCUUCUGUGCCCACUCCACUUCCAAAAUAUAAUAAUAUAAUAAUAAAAUAAUGUCUCCUCCCCCUCCCCCCGCCGCCGGCCUCCCCACCCACAUCUCCGCCGUCCGCCGCUGCCUCGCCGCCUGGAACGGCGCCCGUCCGGCGGCGCUGCUAAUCUGCGCCGCGGUCGGCUUAAUCCUCCGGUUCGGCGUCCCCAAACCGGGCCACGUCACCCCAAAAGCCUGGUCCCUCCUCUCCAUCUUCGUCGCCACCGUGGCCGGCCUCAUCCUCGGCCCCCUCCCCGUCGGCGCGUGGGCCUUCGUCUGCGUGACCGUCACCGUCGUCACCAAAACCCUAAGCUUCGCCGCCGCCUUCUCCGCCUUCACGAACGAGGUGAUAUGGCUAGUGGUGGCGGCGUUCUUCCUCUCCCGGGGGUUCGUGAAGACCGGGCUCGGCGACCGGGUGGCGAUGGUGUUCGUCCGGUGGCUCGGGAAGAGCACUCUCGGCCUGUCGUACGGACUCGUCCUGGGAGAGCUCGCCAUUUCUCCCGGCAUGCCGAGCUCCACGGCGCGCGCCGGCGGGAUAUUCGUUCCUAUUAUAAAGUCGCUGGCGGCGGGAGCCGAGAGCCAGCCGAAAGACCCCUCGGCGCGCCGGCUCGGAGCUUAUCUGAUUCUGUCACAAAUGCAGAGUAGCAAUAGUUCGGGCGCAUUUUUUAUUACGGCUGCGGCUCAAAAUCUGCUGUGCAUCAAGUUAGCCGAGAGCCUCGGCGUCGAAAUCAAACACCAAUGGGUGACUUGGCUUAAGGCAUCAUGUAUACCGGCCGGCAUCUCCCUUUUGUCGACGCCGUUUCUCUUGUACAAAAUAUAUCCUCCUAAGCUGAGGACCACUCCGGAGGCUCCGGCUAUGGCGAAACAGAGGCUGGAGCAGAUGGGCGCGAUUAAAAGAGAAGAGUGGAUUAUGAUCGGAACUUUGCUCUUGACUGUUGGCUUGUGGGUUGCCGGGGAGGCUUUGAACAUGGCAAAUGUUGUCACAGCAAUGGUAGGUUUGUCGAUACUUCUCCUCUGCGGCGUCCUCGAUUGGAAUGACUGUCUGAGCGACAAACAAGCUUGGGACACCCUCACCUGGUUCGCAAUCCUAAUCGGCAUGGCCACAGAAUUAAAUGUUCUCGGCGUUGUGCCAUGGCUGUCCGGAUGCGUCUCAGACUUGCUCAAGCAUCUUUCCCUUAGCACAUUCGGCACAUUUUCUCUCCUCCAACUAUCCUAUUUCUUCAUCCAUUACCUGUUCGCCAGCCAAACCGCGCACGUCGGCGCACUCUACUCGGCAUUUCUUUCGAUGCAAUUGUCCUCUGGAGUCCCUAAACUGUUGGCUGCUUUGGCUUUGGCAUACAACACAAAUCUUUUUGGCUGCAUCACUCAUUACAGCAGUGGCCAAGCUGCUGUCUACUAUGGAGCCGGUUAUGUCGAGCUUCGAGACCUCUUCCCAUUGGGUUUAGCAAUAGCCCUAAUUAACUUAGUGAUAUGGGCAUUGGUUGGAGCUGCUUGGUGGAAAAUAUUAGGCCUCUAUUGACACGACACUCAAAUUCGAUGAUUUGUGAUGUUGAUUAUGUAAUAACGAUGACGACAUUAUUAUUCAACAACGGCGGAAAAUAGUACGUGUUGAAUAGUGCUGAUUUUCCAUCGGUCAUUCGAUCCCAAAAUAACUUGACGGCUUAUAUAUAUAUAUAUAUAUAUGAGAGAGCGUUCACAUCAUUUUCUCUAUAUUUUUUCU